AUGGCUCCGGAGCCCAUAUUGCCAGAGGAAGCUCGGCGACGGAAGAUAGUAGGCGUCAACGCCGAAACAGUCACGAAUGUCACCUCCACCGACUUCCCAGGCCAUCACCCAGGCGAAGACCAUGAAUGGAGCCUUGAGAAAUUUGACCAAAAUUUCCAAAUCCAAUUCCACAAAAACGAUUCCCUCGAUGCCUCCUUCUCCCUCAUCGGUAUAGACGCCAGCAUCGCCAACGCCUUCCGCCGAAUCAUGAUCGCUGAAAUACCAACCCUGGCCAUCGAAACCGUCUUUGUCCAUAACAACACCUCGAUAGUGCAAGACGAAGUACUCUCUGCACGGCUCGGUCUAGUUCCUUUGACAGCGUCCCUCUCAGGUCUGAAUUGGUUACAAUUUUACAAGAAAUCUGCUACGCCGGAUGAUGAUGAUGAGGGAGGAGAUGACAGAGACGCUGCUGCGGAUAACAACACGGUCGUUUUGAAGCUGUAUGUAGAGUGUGAGUGGAGAGGAGCAGAGGGUGUUAAAAGUGGGGAGACGGAUCCGGAGAAGCUGUAUGUCAACUCGAGUGUGUAUGCGAAGCAAAUCACCUUCGAGCCUACUGGACGGCAGAAUCAGGAGUUUCCCGAGCCAGAUGGGCAUGUUCGGCCCGUGAACCCGGAGAUUCUGCUUGCGAAGAUGCGGCCGGGGCAGGUUAUUGAUCUGGACAUGCAUUGCAUCAAGGGAAUCGGAGCAGAUCAUGCAAAGUUCAGUCCUGUGGCUACGGCGACGUAUCGGUUGUUGCCGACAAUCGAUAUUGUCAAGCCCAUUAUCGGGAAUGACGCCAGGAAGUUUGCUAGAUGUUUCCCGAAGGGCGUCAUUGGGUUGGAGGAAGUGACGGAGGAAGAGAGCGAGAUUGGUAAGGAGUUGGAGGGGAUGGCCGGAGAGAAGAAGGCCGUGGUGUGGAAUACGUUCAAGGAUACUGUGAGCAGGGAGUGCUUGAGGCAUGAUGAAUUUCAAGGGAAGGUGAAGUUGGGAAGAGUGAGGGAUCAUUUCAUCUUCAGCGUCGAGAGCACCGGCCAGUUUGAUAGUGAUUAUUUGUUCCUUGAGAGUGUAAAGACUCUCAAGGCGAAAUGUAGCCGCCUCAAGCGACAAUUUGCAAAUGUAAUGAGGUGA